CACUGCACACCUCGCGCCGCUGAAACUGCGAAUUUCCAAUCUGCUCUCUCAGUUCUCACCCGGCCAUCGCGCAUCUCUCUCUCGCCGCCGCCGCCGCCUCCCCUCCUCCCCGCCCUCCAAACCUCUAGGGUUCCGCCUCGGGUUCCUCCCCUCCGCCUCUCCUCGUCUCGCGCAACUCGCCUCUCCAUCCACCGCCUGGUGGCUGCGUGGGCGUUGGUGGCCCAGGCGUUGCCGGAGCUAGCUCUUCUCGUCGGCAGAGGAAGGGAGGCCGGGCGGGGCGCCGACGGUAGCCAUGUCGCAGACGAACUGGGAGGCCGAUAAGAUGCUAGAUGUUUACAUAUACGACUAUUUUAUGAAGAGAAAUUUGCAGGCAACUGCAAAGGCCUUCCAAGCAGAAGGGAAGGUCUCUUCAGAUCCAGUUGCAAUUGAUGCACCCGGUGGGUUUCUUUUCGAGUGGUGGUCAGUCUUUUGGGAUAUAUUCAUAGCAAGAACAAAUGAGAAGCAUUCAGAUGUUGCGGCUUCAUAUAUUGAGACUCAACUAAUGAAAGCACGGGAGCAACAGCAGCAGCAGCUGCCUCAACAACAGCGGCAGCAGCAGCAACCACAGCAGAUGCAAAUGCAACAAAUGUUGUUACAAAGGGCCGCACAGCAACAGCAGCAGCAGCAGCAGCAACAUCAGCAGCAGCAACAACAUCAGCAGCACCAGCAGCAACAACAGCAACAGCUCCAGCAGCAGCAACAACAACAGCAGCAACAGCAGCAGCAACGUAGAGAGAGUUCUCAUCUUCUUAAUGGUGCUUCAAGCGGACUUUCUGCAAACAAUCCUUUAAUGCGACAAAAUAGCACUGCAAAUGUUAUGGCGACAAAAAUGUAUGAGGAGACGUUAAAGUUGCCUUCGCGGAGAGACUCUUUGGAAGAGGCAUCAAUGAAGCAAAGAUAUGGAGAAAAUGCUGGACAACUACUUGAUUCAAAUGAAACAUCGCUGCUGAAAGCAGCUGCAAGUGGACAAUCUCCAGGGCAAAUUUUGCAUGGUUCUAUUGGUGGUUUGUCGGGCACUAUGCAACAAAUUCAGGCCAGAAGUCCCCAACUUCCUGGACAGGCUCAGCAGAGUAUGAAGACAGAUAUGAAUUCUAUUUUGACACCUAGAGCUGCAGGCUCUGAGGGGUCAUUUAUGGGUUUACAAGGAUCGAAUCAAGUUGGAAAUAAUUUGACUUUGAAAGGAUGGCCACUCACGCCAGGACUUGAGCAACUUCGGUCUGGAAUUUUACAGCAGAAAACCUUCGCGCAGAAUCAACAUCAAUUGCAACAACAGAUCCAGUUUUUGACUCCACAACAACAGCAGCAGCUUGCGUUGCAGGCGCAGCAAAAUAUGACUUCUCCAACAUCCAGUGAUGUUGACAACAGAAGAUUGAGGAUGAUGUUCAACAACAGAAAUGUAGUUCUUGGGAGGGAUGGGCAGACAACAAGCGGUGGUGAUAUCAUUCCAAAUAUUGGCUCUCCCAGUCAAAGUGGUGGUGAUAUAGACAUGCUAAUAAAGAAGAAAAUUGCUAAUGCACACCACCAGCAGCAACAGCAACAACUACUACAACAGCAAAGCAAUAGCCAACAUCAGCAACAUCAAGCUGUCUCCAGUCAGCAGUCUCAAAGCUCGAACCAGCUUCUCCAACAAGAAAAGCCAGGAACUGGAAAUAUGCCUGUUGAUGGGGGCAUUCCAAAUUCUUUCGGGGGCACUGAUCAAACAACGAAGAAAAGAAAGAAGCCUGGCUCUUCCUCGGGUAGAGCUAAUAGUUCAGGAACCGCAAAUACUGGUGGCCCGUCUCCAGGUUCUGCACCCUCAACACCUUCCACUCAUACACCAGGAGACCCGAUGCCAGUACCACAACUUCAGCAGAACGGUGUUUCGGCAAAACCCUUGGUAAUGUUUGGCUCUGAUGGCACCGGAAGCUUGACAUCUACCGCAAACCCGCUGGGUGAUGUGGACCGUUUGCUGGAAGAAGGCUUAGAUGAAAAUGUUGAAUCUUUUCUGUCACAGGAUGACAUGGAUCCCAGGGAUUCCUUAGGACGCUGCAUGGAUGCCAGUAAAGGGUUUGGCUUCUCCGAGGUUGCAAAAGCACGUGCAAGUGCACAUAAAGUUGUUUGUUGCCACUUCUCAUCCGACGGUAAAUUGCUUGCUACUGGAGGUCAUGAUAAAAAGGUUGUUUUAUGGUGUACAGAUUCCCUGAAGCCUAAAUCUUCGUUAGAAGAGCAUUCCUUUUUGAUAACUGAUGUUCGAUUUAGCCCAAGCAUGUCCCGCCUUGCUACAUCUUCCUUCGACAAAACCGUACGGGUUUGGGAUGCCGACAAUACUGACUAUUCACUCCGUACUUUCACGGGUCAUUCAGCAUCUGUUAUGUCACUUGAUUUUCAUCCGAAUAAAGAGGAUAUUAUUUGCUCUUGCGAUAGUGAUGGGGAAGUCCGCAGUUGGAGCAUAAAUAAUGGUAGUUGCCUGACCUGUGUUAAGGUCUUUAAGGGAGGUGCUACUCAAAUGAGAUUUCAACCUCGCAAGGGAAAAUAUCUAGCAGCUGCAUCAGAGAAGGCUAUCUACAUACUGGACGGGGAGACACAGCAUGCUUGUAGAAGCCCUUUACAGGGUCACAUGAAGAAUAUUCAAUCAGUUUGUUGGGACUCAGCCGGUGACUAUCUUGCUUCUGUCAGUGAAGAUGCUGUCAGAAUAUGGUCGUUUACUUCUGGACAUGACGGUGAAUUUAUGCACGAGCUGAACUGCAGUGGGAACAAGUUCCAAACAUGUGUUUUCCACCCAACUUACCCUUCUUUGCUCGUCAUCGGUUGUUACGAGUCCUUGGAGCUUUGGGACAUCAGAGAGAAGAACGCCAUGACCUUAAACAAUGCGCAUGAUGGUUUAAUUGCAGCCCUAGCAGCAUCGAGUGCAACCGGGAAGGUUGCCUCAGUAAGUCAUGACAGGUUUGUCAAGCUGUGGAAAUGAGAUGUAAAAUAGCGACCGGCUUCUGUGUUGAAGAAUUUUACAUUUCGUUGUUUAGAUUAUAGAGAACAGGAUGGUUUUCUGCUUUAGACAAGUGCAUGACAAAAAGGUGGCUAACAAGCAGCAGUUCGUGAACUAACCUGGUUUGCGUUUUGUGGUCGUCUUAGUUGUAUGCUGUUCUCCUUGUUAAGUUUGUAACUCCUUAUAGAAAUGGUUGUUGCCUGCUUUAACAAUAAAGAUGCCAUGUUUGCUA